AUGGAUAGUCUGAUGAACUCUGGUAGAAGUUACCUAGAGUCAUUUGGUUACCUGAAGAAAGGCCAGCUAGAGAUAGGCAACCUGCUCAUGGGCGACAAGGUUCAAGAGUACGAAGACGAUUUGAAGAUUGCUAUCAAAACUUUACAACAAUUUGGAGGAAUACCAGUAACGGGAGUGGUAGACGAAGCGACCAAGCACCUGAUGCGGCAGAAGCGAUGUGGCCGGCCGGACCGGGAGGUAGGCGAAGAAAAUGCCCGAAGAAGAAAGAGGUUUGCAGUACAGGGGGAGAAGUGGAAACACACCAACUUAACUUGGAGGUAA